CUUUAAUAAUCGAUUUAAACUUAAUUAGAUAACGUUAUACAGUUCAUAAUUUAUGUCAAACGAAUUUCAAAAUUUUCAAUAUACUGUCAUAACAGACGAUAAAUUAAUAGUUUUGUUGUAUUUUUACAUUGAUCUACCGACAAGCGUGCUUUUUAGCGCCAUUAUCUUUUUUAGGAAUUACAGUUAUUACGGAAAAAUACCGGUCGGAAAAUAAAAACGUACGAGGGAGGAAAAUGGAACGGUGUCAGUGUUUUUGAACGCAAAUUAUUAUGAAUUUCGUGGCUAAUACGAGUAUGGAUUAUUCUACAUAGAAAUUCAACUAUUUGGUGAGCUGAUAAUCAGCUGUUCGUAUGUAUGUUUAAACGGGCAAGAUAACAAGAGUGAAUUUUAUCUUAAGAUCCGCCGAAAUAUAUACAUGAGUUUUUCUUUAUUAUCUACAUUGUAUAUUUGCAAACGAUGGAUUACUGCAGCGUCCGAAAUUAACACAAAAUGGAAAACCAUUGAAACAAACUUUUUCUUUUUCUUUUUUUUAAAGCAAUAAAAUAUAGUCGAGCUUUGAUAUUACGUUAACAUUGUUAUUCUUAAUUGAUUUUUUCUUUAUUACCAAAACAUGUGAAUUUUAAUUGGAAUAAUAGUGAAUUUCGCCUAAUAUAAUAAAAGCAACAAUUUCGCAAUACACGGAGUGACAUAAUAAUUAAAUUUAGAUUUUAAAAGAGGGUGGACUAUAUACAUAGUGUAUUGGAAAACUUUAAGAUAGAAAAGCAGAGGAACAUAAUUUUCAGUUUGUUUUCGUUGACCUUAGCAAUCUGUUCGUAUUUGCGUAUUUCGGAAUUGCUGGACAACCAUGUUAUUUCGCUUGACACUUUUCAAUCUGCUGAUGUUGGCGCUAUUUGGAGUUGCAGACUCUAGAACCCCGUAUGCUUACCACAUAGAGUCCGAGCACGAGUCUCUUGUCGGACACAUCAGCCAUGAUGCAGAAAAAGGGUCAAAGGUCGUUGCGGAAACCGCUGAAGAGCUGGCCUCAGAACAUGGUCAUGAAGAGACAGAAAAAGAGAUUAUAUACCUAAAGGUUUUGAUUGAACAGACGCAGAAAUCACUCCAUCCAGAAAAGUUAACAACAGAAAAUUUCGACGUUUCGAUGGUAACGCAUCAUGACAGGAAGACAACUCAUGACAAUACCAAUACAGGUUCCAAUACAUUUAAUCACGUGCCAACACAUACAGCCCGGAUGACAGGAAAUGACGUAUUAUCCAGCCACGUGCCAGGGGUUCAUUCUUUGCCGAACUCUCAGCAAAUGACGAGUGAAACUAAAGUUAUAACGUCCCAUGCACAACCAACUUCCCCUACCGGAGGUAUUUCAUCAGCCACAAACACGCACAGCGGAUUGCCACACCAAGUCCACCUGACAACGGCAAACACUGGUGUUCAGCACAACCAGCAUCAGUUAAGAAACUUGAUACCCCAUGGCCAUAAUAUUCAUAUCACUCAUCUUGUCCAUGAACCAGUUCACCCUGCCGUUAAUAAAAGAAGCGUAGACCUACCGGACAGCAGGAAGACCUUCCGCGAAAAACGCACAUUACGCCGUCGAAACAGACGUAACUUCGCCGUCCCCCCGGAACAUUUUCAGCCACGUGCUGCCGUUGUGAGAGCGACCGCCCAGAAGCCGGUGUUUGUUGUGACGGAUAUUAAAACUGAUUCUGAGACUCACGCGUUCUAUGUUGACCCUGUAAACUAUUACUUAAGAGUGAAUGACACAUCGCAUUUUGGAGAGGAACAUAAGAUACAAAUCUUU